GUAUUCAGUUUGUAUUUUUCUUUCCAUUUAGUUGACGCGAAUUUUCAUUGUAUAUUCAAUAUACAUACAUAUACAUAUAUAUAUACGUACAUUCGAUAGAUACAUACAUAGCUAUCGGGUAAAACUAAAACCCACCAAUAAAAGGCGAACCAAACCCAACCAAAGAAUCGAUCUUUAUUGGAAAAAAUCAUAAAUCCGGCGAGUAUUUUCUUUCCCCUAUCGAAGGAGGGCGAGGUCGUGUGUGGUGUAGGUUUUUUCUGUUCUUGCUGUUGUUGUGGUCGGCGAUUUUCAAGAGGAUGGGCAAGGUGGCGGUGGCGGCAGCAGUGGUGUGCACGGCGGCGGCGGUGGCCGCCGCGGUGGUGAUUGCGAGGCGGCAGAUGAGGAGCUCGGGGAGAUGGGUCAAGGCGGAGGCCAUUCUGAAUGAGCUGGAGGAGCAGUGUAGGGCACCCAUCUCCAAGCUCCGCCAAGUCGCCGACGCUAUGACGGUGGAGAUGCACGCCGGCCUCGCCUCCGAGGGCGGCAGCAAGCUGAAGAUGCUCAUCAGCUUCGUCGACAACCUCCCCACUGGGGAUGAAAAGGGAUUAUUCUAUGCAUUGGAUCUUGGUGGGACAAAUUUCCGUGUUAUGCGAGUGCAGUUGCGUGGAAAAGAGACUGAGAUUAAGCAAGAAUUUGAAGAAGUUUCCAUACCUCCUCAUUUGAUGGUUGGAUCGUCCCAUGAAUUAUUCGAUUUCAUUGCUGAUGCUCUAGCAAAAUUUGUUUCUACGGAAGGUGAAGACUAUCAUCUUCCACCUGGCAGGCAAAGGGAGCUCGGCUUCACCUUUUCUUUCCCAGUUCGGCAAUUGUCAUUAGCAUCAGGAACUCUAAUAAAGUGGACAAAAGGCUUCCUUAUUGAAGAUGCUGUUGGACAAGAUGUUGUGGAAGAGCUGACAAAAGCGUUGGAAAGAGCCAGCCUUGAUAUGCGCAUCACUGCUUUGGUCAAUGAUACCGUUGGAACAUUAGCUGGAGGACGAUUCACCAAUCCAGAUGUCAUUGCUGCUGUAAUUCUCGGAACAGGAACUAAUGCUGCAUAUGUUGAACGAGCGAGUGCAAUUCCGAAAUGGCAGGGUCUGCUGCCGAGAAGUGGGGAAAUGGUUAUAAACAUGGAGUGGGGGAACUUCCGAUCGUCACAUCUUCCACUUACCGAAUAUGACCAAAGCCUUGAUGCAGAAAGUUUAAAUCCCGGGGAACAGAUAUUCGAGAAAAUAAUUUCCGGGAUGUAUCUUGGUGAAAUUGUUCGUAGAGUUUUGUGCAGGAUGGCUAAAGAAGCAUCCUUUUUCGGUGAUGACAUCCCCCCGAAACUCAGCAUUCCCUUCAUUUUAAGGACACCGGACAUGUCUGCAAUGCACCACGACACCACCCCCGAUCUCAAAGUGGUUGGAAACAAACUUAAAGACAUUCUAGAGGUACCCAACUCUUCCUUGAAAAUGAGGAAAAUGGUGGUGGAAAUUUGUGAUGUUGUGGCCAAACGUGGGGCUCGCCUUUCUGCAGCAGGGAUCCUUGGUAUUCUCAAGAAACUAGGAAGAGACGAGGUAAAUGAAGGGGAGAAGCUGAGGUCUGUCAUAGCCUUGGACGGCGGGCUGUUCGAGCACUACACUAAGUUCAGGAACUGUAUGGAGGAUACCCUCAAAGAACUGCUGGGAGAGGCUGCUGACAACGUUGUCGUUGAGCAUUCAAACGAUGGAUCCGGCAUUGGAGCUGCUCUUCUUGCAGCAUCUCAUUCGCAGUAUCUUGACGUUGAGGAGUCCUGACAACGAUAGCUGUUAGAACCCUAUACAAAUUUUCCUUAAGGGGGUACUAUUUAUGUAGCAAGAAGUGUUGUUCCUGUUUUUAGUAAACAGCAAGGGGACAUGAGGUUUGUGGUCUCGAGAGGCUCUUGAAAGACUGUUAAUACAGCUUCACAAGCUGGAGCUGCUCCAGUGUCCAUGGCUGGACGUGUUGUGUUUCGUUGGAGCAUUCGGGCACUCGUGAAAGAUCGACAAACAAGAUGAAUAAUUGAUGUUGUGGGUUCGAAGUGUUUAGCACUGGGAACAUUCUCUCUAGGUUUGCUAUGUGAGAAUAUGUUGCAAAUUUUUUUAAAGCAUCUCCCCAAAUCCACUGGGAUGAAUGAACUUUUUGUGGAGACUAUCUUUCCAUCGUGGUCUUGUUUUCUCUGCAAAUUUCACUCUUGAACAAAUUGAAAACAUUUCAUCUUCU